GACAGAGCCAAGCGGAGCCGUUACUCAGCACGUCCCCGGCGUUCGAACGGCGGCGGUUGGGGGGGGCCUGACGGGGCCGCAGCCCCCAGAGGGAGCCGGACGCGGCCGCGCUACAGGACCAACGUCAGACGGAGGCAGAAUAGAAGAUGAAUAAUCUUUCCUUUAGCGAACUGUGUUGCCUGUUCUGUUGUCCACCAUGCCCAGGGAAAAUUGCUUCCAAACUGGCAUUUUUACCUCCCGAUCCUACUUACACACUAAUGUGUGAUGAGAGUGGUAGUCGCUGGACUCUACAUCUUUCUGAACGAGCAGACUGGCAGUACUCCUCUAGAGAAAAAGAUGCCAUUGAGUGUUUCAUGACUAGAACCAGCAAAGGUAACAGGAUUGCCUGUAUGUUUGUGCGUUGCUCACCUAACGCCAAAUAUACUUUGCUCUUCUCACAUGGAAAUGCUGUUGACCUAGGUCAGAUGAGCAGUUUUUACAUAGGACUGGGUUCACGGAUUAACUGCAACAUAUUCUCAUAUGAUUAUUCUGGAUAUGGCGCAAGUUCUGGGAAACCAACAGAGAAGAACCUGUAUGCUGACAUUGAUGCUGCUUGGGUGGCUCUUAGGACAAGGUACGGAAUCCGCCCUGAAAAUGUGAUUAUAUACGGCCAAAGUAUAGGAACAGUACCUUCUGUGGAUCUCGCUGCUCGGUAUGAGAGUGCUGCUGUAAUUCUUCAUUCUCCUUUGACCUCGGGAAUGCGAGUAGCCUUUCCUGAUACAAAGAAGACCUACUGCUUUGAUGCAUUCCCAAACAUUGACAAAAUUUCUAAAAUAACAUCGCCAGUGUUAAUAAUCCAUGGGACUGAAGAUGAAGUAAUUGACUUUUCACAUGGUUUAGCAUUAUUUGAGCGUUGCCAGAGACCUGUAGAGCCACUGUGGGUAGAAGGAGCAGGCCAUAAUGAUGUGGAGCUUUAUGGACAGUACCUUGAACGAUUAAAACAGUUUGUAUCACAGGAACUGGUGAAUUUAUAAAGUACUUUAUAUAUUUACAUGCUUUUUCAUUUCACUGCAGAACUGCACACUUUGAUAAAUACUAACAUAAAACCUGAAGGUUUUGUUUUCAAAUCAUGUCAGUUGCCUUCAUAAAUGUACAGGUAAUGAUUUGUGAACAUAAUUAAUGAAGGUUUUAAUACCAGUAUUAUAAACUGGAAUAACACGAUCAUGCAGUUCAGCUUCUGUAGUUCGUAUACUAUGUGUGAGUUUUUUUUCUUUUUAGAUGUACAAAAUAUCACAAGGAGUACUGUAUGAAAUUUUAAUUAUGUAAAAUCAGAUGCUGUAAAAGUGUUGCCAAAUGCUUUAGCAUAUCAAACAAAUUUAUAAAUAUUUUUUAAACAUCUCAAAAUGUACUGUGACUUAUUCUAUUGCACAGGUGUACACUAAAAAUCAGACUUCUAAACAGCUGUACUUGUAAAAAUACCAAUAGCCAUGAGAUAUAAGCAAAUAUGUAAUGAAAACAUAGACGCUCACUGGAAUUGGCCCAGGCCCUGUUUUAUAGGGAGCGGGUCAAAACAAGCUUUUUUUUUUUGUGCUACCGUGCAUUAUAUCUGAUGUCUUGUGGUUCAUUUGUUUUGUUUUUGUUUUUUAACUUGGAAGAUGAGGUUUAAAUCUGCCCACUCAUCUAUUCCUUAGCUAAACAGGUUAUUCUGUAAAAUUAAGUCCUAAAAUACCACUGUUAUAACAAACUUCAUUCACAUGCUCACUACUGAGGUAUAACUAAAUAUUUUAGUGGUUUAUUUGAAACCAGUAAGGUAUUUAGAGCUAGUUUUAAAUGUCAAUUCUAUAGAGAUGCAGUAUAUGGAUAGAAAGAAUCCUGGAAGUUUUGUCUAACUUUGUAAUGAACAAAAUGCGAGCUUGCCGUUGUCAGUUCAGGUUUACUUUUGGGUGUUUAUGAGCCUGCAACCUAUUGUUUUUAUUACUGUAUGAGAAUUUUACUAAUCUGCUCCUGAACAGUGAAGGAGAAUGUUGACACUUUUUUUGUAUUAACUCAUAGUGAAAUAAAUUUUGUAAGUUGCCUUUCCCUUGAAUGAGUUUUGCUUGAAUAAAACUAUGAAAGAUAAUGACAAACUUAAAAUUAUAUGUAGCCUAAUUUGUAAACCUAGUAAUAUUCCAACAAUACACACUGUGCUUCUAAUUUUAAGGCCUUAUGUAGUUCUGCUUGUUUUUGUGAUUGUCCAAGACUACUGUGUAAUUAAAUGUAUUAUCAAAUAUUGUGAAUGAUUUGGUUCAGAUGUGUUAACUAACAGUAAAUAAUAUUACACAA